AUGGCUGUCCACAGAAUGGCACCGAAAGCAAGGAUUUUAUGUUAUUAUGUGAGAGAAGACAACGAGGAAGUGGUGGCCGACGCCAUGGACUUCGAAGUGGACGGACUGUUCAGAACUGACGUGUCGAUCGACACCGACCUUAAGGAGGCAGAGCCGGGAGCACAGGUAGCUGUGAGAGUGAAUACAAAGCCGGACGCGUGGGUGGGUAUAGUAGGUGUCGAUCAGAGCGUACUUUUGGUGAAAUCAGGUAAUGAUAUGACGCGCGAAGCCGUGAUCCAAGAGUUACAGACAUUCGACACAACAUUUACAACACAAUGGGAUGGCUACACAUCCACUGCACAAAAACUAUUCAAUUUUUCGGGUGUUGUGGUCAUAUCUAAUGGUCUCGUUUAUAAACACGAUAAAGACUAUGUCUUAAAAUCUAGAUCACUGUUACCCAAAUUCAAUGAGUUGAGAAUGAUGGCCGUAGAAAUAGUCAGCAAGGUAGAAUCAAAAUCAGCACAGUUAGAUCGCAUACCCCAACCCCGCAUCCCAAGACCGCAUCCCCAGAGUAAUGGUUGCGCUGUUAUUAAGAGCACAAUCCCCGACACAAUCACCUCGUGGUUCAUCAGCGCAUUCGCUAUGCAUAUGGAGACUGGUCUGGGCAUUGCACCCACACCUACGAAGGUCACAGUUUUCCGACCGUUUUUCAUCAAACUAUCGCUGCCUUACUCUAUAAUAAGAGGCGAAACGGUAGCCAUUGAGGCCAUUGUCUUCAAUUACACCACAAAAUCAAUUGAAUCGGAAGUAGUAUUUGAUAACAAGAAGCAAGAGUUUGAGUUUAGCGACCAAUUGGACAUAAAAGGUGUAAAUGUCUCUGAAAUGAGACAAUUGGUGUCAAUUCCUGCCAACGAUGGCGUUUCGGUCACAUUCACGAUAACACCGAAAACUAUGGGUUAUAUUGACAUCAAACUGACGGCUACCUCAGCCAUGGCUGGAGACUCUGUGCUCAAGAAACUACUGGUGAAACCCGAGGGUCAGACACAACACUUUAAUCAAUCAGUUCUCGUGGAUCUGAAAGAAUCGGCGAAUGUAUUGACGAAAAAUGUCUCAAUAGUUAUCCCAAAGAUAGCGGUUCCCGGCUCUCAGAAAGUAUGGGUGACAGCCAUUGGGGAUAUAAUGGGACCCAUUGUUUAUAAUUUGGAUAUGGGUUAUAUUGACAUCAAACUGACGGCUAACUCAGCCAUGGCUGGAGACUCUGUGCUCAAGAAACUACUGGUGAAACCCGAGGGUCAGACACAACACUUUAAUCAAUCAGUUCUCGUGGAUCUGAAAGAAUUGUCGAAUGUAUUGACGAAAAAUGUCUCAAUAGUUAUCCCAAAGAUAGCGGUUCCCGGCUCUCAGAAAGUAUGGGUGACAGCCAUUGGGGAUAUAAUGGGACCCAUUGUUCAUAAUUUGGAUGAUUUACUGCAAAUGCCGUAUGGAUGUGGCGAACAGAAUAUGAUGUAA